CACCAUAAAGAGGAUAAACACGAAGCUAAACCACGCGACAGGCCAGGCGCACCACUUAGACAAAUUGAACAUUACUGUCAUGAUGGGGGAAACGUAAGCUAAGCUAGGAGGCUGACUUAUAGUGUUUUGCACUGCAGAAGACGAGGAUACAGGGGCUGAAUGGAUAACCAUGGCAACAGCAGCAGGAGAAGCGGUGAGCAGCAGCUUACAGCAGCGAUAUAACCACUGAACACAGACAAGGCAUCAUACCUCCUUAGAUCUGAAAGGCAAGGGUCGCUGUAGGUUGUGAAGCCAAAGCCUUGUGGAUAUUAGACAGUGGUGGACACUGGUUAUUGCGUGGGGAUUCGCAGCGCAUCAGUGAGCAAGGGAAUGACCUGGAACGUAUCAUGUCUGAAGUACAGGGGACGUUGGAGUUUUCUGUAGAGCUGAACAAGUUUCACAAUGUGGAUCUCUUCCAGAGAGGAUUCUACCAGGUCCGAGCAGGUCUGAAGGUCUCUCCUCGUGUACCACACAGGUUGAUAGCGACAACACCAGGGAAUACAGGUGACUGUAGUUUCAGCUCUGCGGGGGUCCAUGAUGGGGUCCAUGAGGACCCUACGGUGUUCAGUCGGAUCUUCCAGAUCCUCUACCGGAACGAAGAGGUCAACGUCGAUGACCGCAUGCUCUUCAAGGUCCACCUAUUGCUGGAUGGGGAGAGGGUGGAAGAGGCUCUGAGUGAAGUGGACUUUCAGUUGAAGCUGGAUCUUCACUUCACAGACAACGAGCAACAGUUAGGGGACAUCGUGACAGUCCCAGUCAUCAGCAGUAGAACCCUGGGUCUUCACUUCCACCCCAGGAGCGGUCUCCACCACCAUGUACCUGUCAUGUUCGACUACUUCCACCUGUCCGUCGUCUCUGUCUCCAUACACGCAUCCUUGGUGGCCUUGCAUCAACCACUCAUCAGUUUUGCCCAUACAGGGAAGGGUUCCUGGCUGGGAAAGGGCUCCCCAGAGAACGGUACUGACCCGUCAGCCAUGGGGUUGUCCAUGGAGAACCUGAUGUUCGGGGCUGGAUACUGCAAACCUGUCAUCACAGAGGGGAGUUUCUACGUCCCCAGUGAGAACUGUUUACAGAGAGCUCACACAUGGCAUGGUAGACUCUGUCGCCUCCUACUGGUGGUACACAGAGGCCUACGUUCCUACUACACCACUGUGAUGAAGGAGAUACCACAGCUGGACCAGGUGGAUAUAGACGAGCUUCCUGUGGAAGAAACACUAAAUCUGCUCAGAACAGAAUUACAGCUGCAGGAGGGGCAUGAGAAAGUAGCAGAACAGAUCUGUAGAGAUCUGACCCAACUCUGCUCCCAACUGUCGGCCCUGUGGACACGCUUCCUGGAGGCUGCCGUUCCCAACACACAUAUCCUGUCCCACCUGGCCCAGGAACACCACACACUCAGGGUCAGGCGGUUUUCAGAGGCAUACUUCUUCACAGAACACCCCAAAGAGACAUCCCUGGCAUUUCAAGAGGACCUGAUCAACAGACACGGGCAUAUAGCUGUGGAGGUGCGUAGCUCCAACUACCUGACCAGGAUGCCACCGUUACCUGUAGAAUGCCUGGACAUUGACGGAGACUGGAACAGCCUGCCUAUCAUCUUCGAAGAUAGAUAUGUAGAGUCUCCACGGACAGAUUGGGGAUCAUAUAUACCAACACCUAUGUCCACCAGUGAGCAGGCCAUCCCCGACCCUCCUGUCACUGAUGCCAACAAUAGCCCUCCUCCCCUGGACCAGCUCACCAGCUCACCAGCAAUACCAACCCAGGAACCUAAAGACAGUGAGGACUGCAUGGACCUGUCUACACACGGGUCUCUCAUAGGAGAGCAGAGCACCAGCAUUAUUACUGACAAGAUAGGAGAGACAUCAGACCCGGACAAGGCAGACCCAGACCAGGGAGAACCAGACCAGGGAGAGCCAGUCCAGCCAGGGGAUCCAGAGGAGCAGGCCAAGGCAGAGGAUAAAUCAGAGGAGAGCCCUGGUUUAGGCCUGAGAAUAAUCAGAGUCAGGCCCACUGAUGUGGAUCCAUUCAGAGGAGAGGCAGUGCUAAUGAUCUCCUCCAACCACAAACAGUGUACGGACCCACAACAUACCUCUAACCGUGAAGACACGACUUGGAAAGACUUGGAGAACCACCAGGACAUCAUCACACAGAGAUACCAGAACAUUAUCAGUACAGGAAUUGACUUGGUUGUAGAAGAGAAUGACAUUGCUAUGGACGACGACAGCAAGUAUGUUCCUCUGAGCCGUCUAACCACUUACCCCCAGGCUCCACUCAAAGAUCAUCCCCUCACGCACCCUCUACCUACGGACCUGAGGAGAGAGCUGGCCUACCGAGGGGUGGUGGGUGUGGGGGGCUCAAAGAUAAUGAACCGUUCCCCCUCCAUCAUCUCUGACUCAGGCAUCGAGAGUGAGCCCAGCUCAAUGGCCUGGCUCCUGGACGCUCACCGGACUGGAGGAGGGCGUCCUCUGGAGGAGAUAAUGGUACUGCAGCGCCUGGAGAGGAGACACCCAGCCCACCGCAGCUCCCUGGAGGGCCUGCAGACAGAGAGUGGAGCCAGUGGGGGCAGCCUGCCCGGCGGAGGGGGUGGCAGUAUGGGUAUCCAGGCCUCCCUCACCUCCAUCUCGUCCCUGCCCUACGAGGACGACGAGGAACAGAGGUACCAGCAACAGCUCAGUAAACUGACCAAGUCAGUCUCAGCUCCUCAGAUCUCCAGCCCUGAGGACACAGAAGAGGACCAGGGCGGAGCGGAGGCGGAGGUAGACACGGAGAGCGAGGGGACCAGCGGGUACCAGGACCAGGAGGUGGGAUGCUCCUCCAUCUCCACUGCUCCCACCCAUGUAAUGACUGGGGACUUGAUUAGACACCAGGAGUCCUUAUCCGGGGGAAACUACUCCUCUCUAGAGGACAUCCAAGAGGGAGAGCUGCCUGAGGUUGGUCUGUUGGACUGGGUAGCUGCGCCCUCACCACCCCAGCAUGUGACCAGAGCUCAUAUAGAGAGUUGUAAUGUUCUUAAAGAAACUCUUAGAUCUAAUGAUUCUGCUUUGCCAGUGGCCCUGUCAGACACUCAGGACAUGAAAGCAGUGUUAAGUGGCAUUAGUCGAGUACCGGAAGUCUUGCUGUUCCAACAGUAUGUUGAAUGCCAUGAUGAUGUGAAUGAUCCAGCUGUAGUCAGUCAGAUGGAGGAUAAGAAACAUUACAGAGGAGAUAGCCGUGGUGUCCCAAACUCAGUGGACUCAGGUCCCUGUGAAGUAGACUUCGCCCCCUGUAGCUGUGAGACAAAACCCUGUGAACAUGACAGCGGUGUGCUGGUGGAUGAUGUGGAGGAUAAUCCAGUCAGGAAUGACUGUCAGAGUCUCCUUCAGAUUGGGUUGAAUGACCUUGUUGACCAGGACCUACUGGAUCAUCAUCAUACUCCCUGCCAGAGCCUCCAUCGGGUCGGGCUGCGUGACCUAGUGGUGGUCUCACAGAGGAAGAGCCUCCAUGACCCCAGGCCUAUCCCCUCUAUCCCUAACCACACAGAGAGACCCAUCCACCUCAUAGGCCUUACUGUCAAUGAUAGGGCCAGGUCUGAUGAUCUCAUAGGGCUCCCGGCCAAUGAGCGAGAGCAGCUGGAUCUCAACGGUCAGACCAAGUCGGCUAAGAUUCCCAGUAGCUCGGAGUCAGGGUCAGGCUCGGGGUCAACCUCAGGGUCAGGCCUGUCCUUUAUGAACAGGAAGGUGGUGGAGGUGGUGAAUAUGUCUGUGUCCUGUGCUCCGACCUGUCUUCCCUUCUCCUCCGUCCUCCGGGACUCACCGUCCAUUAGCGGCAUCUCCACUCGACAAGCCGCAUCCCCCAUUACCCAUCAGCCCCUGGGGUCCUUCGGCAUCAUCUCCUCAUCCUCGUCCAACUCCCUGGGGCCAGACGACGACACAAACGAGAGGAUGCUGCAUUUCUACAGGUCCAAAGAGGAUCUGAUGAAAGACCUGGUGUUCCAGGCAACCCUGUACAGUGACCUCCCUCACCUGGCCUCCGACCUGCCCUAUUUCCCCCCUGAGGAGGAGGAUGAGGAGUUUGAGGAUGGCAUACACCUGGUUGUCUGUGUCCACGGCCUUGAUGGGAACAGUGCAGACCUUCGCCUGGUGAAGACCUUCAUAGAGCUGGGUUUACCAGGGUCCAGACUGGACUUCCUCAUGUCUGAGAGGAACCAGACUGACACGUUUGCAGAUUUUGACACCAUGACGGACAGGCUAAUAGACGAGAUCAUCCAGCACAUUCAGCUGUACAACCUCACCGUCGGACGGAUAAGUUUCAUCGGUCACUCUUUGGGGAAUGUGAUUAUCCGGUCGGUGCUGACAAGGCCUCGGUUCCGCUGCUACCUGGUCAAGUUGCACACCUUCCUGUCUCUGUCCGGACCACACCUGGGAACGCUGUACAACAACAGCACGCUGGUCAGCACAGGUCUGUGGCUGAUGCAGAAGCUGAAGAAAUCUGGAUCGUUGCUGCAGCUCACCUGCAGAGAUCACACCGAUCCUCGGAAAACCUUCCUCUAUCUUCUCAGUCAGAAACCAGGGCUCCAGUUCUUCAAGAAUGUGGUGUUGGUGGCAUCGCCUCAGGACCGAUAUGUUCCCUUCCACUCUGCAAGGAUAGAGAUGUGCAGGACUGCACUCAAAGACAGGACCACAGGUCCAGUGUACACAGAGAUGAUCAACAACCUACUCCAGCCGUUGGUGGGGGCUAAGGACUGUUGUCUGAUUCGCCAGAAUGUGUUCCACGCCCUGCCCAACACCGCCAACACUCUGAUUGGUCGAGCCGCUCACAUCGCUGUGCUCGACUCUGAACUCUUCUUGGAGAAGUUCUUCCUGGUCGCAGGGCUCAACUACUUCAAAUAGAACUUAAAACUACUUCAAAUAGUACUUCAAACUACUUUAAAGGGAUACGUCAGGAUUUUCGACAAUGAAGCCCUUUAGCUAUUUCCCCAGAGUUAGAUGAAUUUGUGGAUUCCAUUUUUAGGUCUCUGUGUGCAGUUUGAAGGAAGUUGCUAACUAGCAGGAGCACAAUUGCAAACUAGCGUUAGGGCAAUGACUGGAAGUAUAUGGAAACUGCUAGCCUGCUAGUUGAUACAGCAGACUUCCAGUCAAUGGGCUGACUCUAGUUAGCAUUGGCUCGCGAAACUACCUCUGACUUCCUUCAUACUGGAUGCAUUGACAAAAAAAUUGUAUCCACUAGUUCAUCUGACUCUGCGGAAGUAAAUAAAAUGCUUAAUUGACAAAAUCCUGAAGUAUCCCUUUAAAUAGAGGCUCAAAUAUUUAAAAAAAGUAGAACCACUACUUCAAAUUGAGCUGUAGCUCUAGAGAAACUGGCUCAGAGAGGCUCUAGGUGUAUAUGAAGAUCUCUUUGUUGUGGUUAACAGGAUAGGAGGAUUUGGUGAGAGAAAGAGGGUUGCACCAUGACUAUGUACAGUGUAUAUUUAAAGUAUGUAUACCUAUGUUACCCCUGUUGUCAAAGAGGUGGUCAUAAGCUCUAUACAUCCCAUCCAUAUUAACAUCCGUAUUCAAGUAUGUCAAGUGAAACAACUGAAGUGGUGCAUCGUGUGGCUCAUACUGGUGUUGUAUAGGCCUUAUGAACCCCUUCAUCCCUUACCCCUUCAUCCCUUACCCCUUCAUCCCAAAGUGUAGUCAGUAUAAUGUACAACUAAUAUUCAUCCCAAAGCGCUACCAAAUCAAGAACAUUUCAUUUUGGUAUGUAUCCUGACCUGAAGUGGCUAGUCUGAAUGAAUCACUGGACGAAGGAUCUACGAAUCACUGGACGAAGGAUCUACGAAUCACUGGAUGAAGGAUCUACGAAUCACUGGACGAAGGAUCUACGAAUCACUGGAUGAAGGAUCUACGAAUCACUGGACGAAGGAUCUACGAAUCACUGGACGAAGGAUCUACGAAUCACUGGACGAAGGAUCUACGAAUCACUGGACGAAGGAUCUACGAAUCACUGGACGAAGGAUCUACGAAUCACUGGACGAAGGAUCUACGAAUCACUGGACGAAGGAGUACAUGUAUGCAUUUGUUUAAAAAACGAAGGAGAUAGUUGUUUGGAAUUUAACUCCGUAAUUGUAAAUGUUAUAAUACACGUAUCAAACUCCACAUAGAACUGUGGUGAUGUUAUAUUGUACAAACGUUUCUUUUUAAGAAAAUUAUUUAUAUAUCAUUUUAAAUUCUGUAUUUUAAAUUAUACCAUAUCCAUACGUUUGUCAGACUAUGACCAUUGUGUGUGUUGUGGAUUUUAUAUCAUACAAUUUCAACACAUAACAUGAAGGCCAAAUCAAGAGGUGAACCUUCUAUACAUACAAUGCCAGAAAAAGGUGGUCUAUAUAUUUCUUGUAUACGUUUAUAUACAGUAUAUUACAUAUCUAAAAAAGUGUAUGUUUGUUGAAAGCAUUUGUGUGUCCAUCAAACUGCUGAGUUGAGUUGAAGGCUUAUCAACCUUGUAAUGCCUUUGUGUUCUUUAAAAUAAGGUAUAUCCCAACUUCCUUCAUAAGCUAUUAUGUACCUUCUACCGACUGUAGUGAUCCUAUUGAGAUAUGAGUAUUACUACUACUACUACUACUACUGAGAUAUGAGUAUUACACUACUGAGAUAUGAGUAUUACUGUGACUGAGUCCAUUGUGUAAAUUAUCUUGGUUGAUUAAUAUUUGAAAUAGAUUUGAAGUAUGAAUCACUAUGGCUCAUAUCCCUUGGAAAUGACCUAUAGAUCUCUCUCUGAUUUCUCAUACUGUACGUGCGCUGCUUUUAGAGUUAGAUUUUGUAUGCAUUGAACCUUUAAUGUUGCUACCUUGUCUGUGCCAGGAACAGUAUAAUAAGGAGGGAGUCACCCUGCAUCCCAGAACAGUGUCUCUACUAUGGGCACUUACUAGUAGGUACUAUGCUUCUGUCCAUCGAGAUUAAAUGAAUGUUUACAUUUUCAUAUACCGACACAGACCUGUAGUUAUUCUUUGCACUGGUUUGACUGACAAGUACACUUUAUGCUGGACGUUUACAGCAAGUAGACCUACAGAUACACUUGCUUGACGAAGUCCUUGCACUCCAACAUUGUCCUUCGUGUAUGGCUGUUUCAAUUGAUAUUGUACAUACUCCGUUCUCCGCUCGCGGGUCAGCUUUCAAAGAUGUGCCCAUGCAGCUAGCGGCAAGCGACAAAGCUUGACCUUACUCGUCUCCUAUUGUAAUGUCCCAUCUCCUGGUGCUCUGCUGUCACUGUCAUUAAAGCCCUUUCCUAGUGUCCUUGCAGUGCAAAAGGUGACAUCUCCAAGUCGUCUCCUGCGGCUGCUCUGUUUGCUGCAGUGCUGACUGGUAAGCAGAGUGUCACUGGGAUUGACUUUAAUUAAAUGGCUUCCGUUAAGGCGUACGCACACACACACACACACACACACACACACACACACACACACACACACACACACACACACACACACACACACACACACACACACACACACACACACACACACACACACACACACACACACACACACACACACACACAGCAAUAGAAAGGGGGCUGGAUUGUUCCCGUCAGGACAAUGAGGGAAUGGCUGGUUGCGAAACCUCUACAGAAGCUGUGUCAGCAGUCUAGUAGAGCUAGCAGGCUUCACGCAGAAUUUCCUUCUGACAUCCCUCUUGCCUGUUUGCUUUUACCCCCAAAAGGGCCAUGAUCUGUUUGUCUAAAGGGCCAUGAUCUGUUUGUCCAAAGGGCGACUAUCUGUUUGUCCAAAAGGCCACGAUCUGUUUGUCCAAAAGGCCAUGAACUGUUUGUCCAAAGGGCCAUGAUCUGUUUGUCCAAAGGGCCAUGAUCUGUUUGUCCAAAGGGCCAUGAUCUGUUUGUCCAAAGGGCCAUGAUCUGUUUGUCCAAAAGACCAUGAUCUGUUUGUCCAAAAGACCAUGAACUGUUUGUCCAAAGGGCCAUGAUCUGUUUGUCCAAAGGGCCAUGAUCUGUUUGUCCAAAAGACCAUGAACUGUUUGUCCAAAGGGCCAUGAACUGUUUGUCCAAAGGGCCAUGAUCUGUUUGUCCAAAGGGCCAUGAUCUGUUUGUCCAAAAGGCCAUGAACUGUUUGUCCAAAGGGCCAUGAUCUGUUUGUCCAAAGGGCCAUGAUCUGUUUGUCCAAAGGGCCAUGAUCUGUUUGUCCAAAAGACCAUGAACUGUUUGUCCAAAGGCCCAUGAACUGUUUGUCCAAAGGGCCAUGAUCUGUUUGUCCAAAGGGCCAUGAUCUGUUUGUCCAAAGGGCCAUGAUCUGUUUGUCCAAAGGGCCACAUAUUUCGUGAAUUAAAGAUUUGAGUUUUCAUGCUCUCCAAGGGCAGGUGUGGAUUGGGAUUUUAAUAUUCAUGCUUUACAGGUUGUGUGGUUUAAUUCAUUGACAUGUCAUACUAGUUUUUUGUGAGCUUCUGUGUUUUCCCUGAAGGUACAUAAUACAGUAGCUGUAGGCCUACAUGGACUUUAUGCCUUAUGUUGCUUUGGUUUAGCAAAACAUUCUGAUGGGACAAAAACUUGCCUGCUUCACACAGUCAGAGAGGGCUGCUGUUCUGGUGCUGUUAUGAAGAGAAACACUUCCCAUUUCAAAUGAUUUAAAACAUUCAUCUUUUCCUACAGAAGACAUGACUUACCUCUGUCAGCAAAGCAACCCCUGAUAUGUUGACUUUUUCUUUGAUUAUUAUUUGUCAUUGGGAGAGUGAAUCGUCCUUUGUUACACUGUGUGUGUGUGUGUGUCACAGGAGGUUGGUGGCACUUUAAUUGGGGAGGACGGGCUCAUAGUAACGGCUGGAAUGGCAUGCAUGGUAUGGUAUCGAGCACCAUUCCGUUCACUCCAUUCCAGCUAAAAUUAUUUGUCGUCCUCCUCUCAGCAGCCUCCUGUAGUGUGUGUGUGUGUGUGUGUGUGUGUGUGUGUGUGUGUGUGUGUGUGUGUGUGUGUGUGUGUGUGUGUGUGUGUGUGUGUGUGUGUGUGUGUGUGUGUGUGUGUGUGUGUGUGUGUGUGUGUGUGUGUGCGUGUGUGCGUGUGUGUGUGUGUGUGUGUGUGUGUACGCGCGUGUGUCCUCUAUGUGUGCUUUUGCAUAAAAUGCUCCAAGGCAGCUUUGUGACAUGUUUGUGUAGUGGUUUUAUUUAUUAUAUCAUCGUCUGUCUGCUGAGGAUUAUGACCCAUUUCCAGCUGUUUGGUGUGAAUGUUCCAUAAAAACAUUUGACUUGUGAGUGACAUUGUAUUUAUUUAUUUAAUCAAGUAUUUUAUUUUUUGCUAACAAUAUAAUAGAACUUAAUCUGUGCCAAUAAUACUAAUCUAAUAUUUUUCUAAGUUUGCUUACUGUAUGUGUUCCUUAGUAGCUUGUGCCCAUGUAAAAAAUAUACAUACAUAUAUUUCAGAACAUUAUGAUAAACAAUAUCAACAUUAUAUUAUAAUAAA